AUGAGCAUCGUGAGCUGGAACUGUCAAGGCUUGGGGCGGCCUCAAGACUUGACAGUUCAGAGACUCAUGGAAAUACGUCAAAAAUAUUUCCCUGAGGUUCUCUUUCUGAUGGAGACGAUGCGCUGUAGAAACGUCCUUGUAGAUAUUCAAGUGUGGCUCGGUUAUGACUUUGUAUAUACGGUGGAGCCUGUAGAUACAUGGGGUGGUCUUGCUGUUUUUUGGAAAAGAAGUUCGGAGUUGGUCUUUAAUCAUGUGGAUAAGAACUUAAUGGAUUUUCAUGUACAGUUUGGUAAUUUCGGAUUCUUCCUUUCUUGGGUAUAUGGGGACCCUGCUUAUGAUAGGAGACACAAAGUUUGGGAGAAACUGUCUCGGAUUGGAGUUCAGAGACAACAACCAUGGGCUAUGAUUGGAGAUUUUAAUGAAAUCUUGAGCAAUGAAGAAAAACUGAAUGGGCCAAGAAGAAGUGAUAACUCUUUUAAACCUUUUGGUGACAUGCUGCACGCUUGUGGGAUGAAGGAACUCUUAAGUUCGGGCAAUGGAUUUACGUGGGCAGCCUCUCAACUUUUCUUGGAAAUGAGAGGCUCUGAUCAUCGCCGGGUACUGUUAAGCCUAAUGGACUCUCAUGAAAAAUACAGAGGAUCCUUUAGAUUUGAUAAAAGAAUGCUCCAUAGACCGGAUGUUAAGGAGGCAGUGAGGCAUGCUUGGUCUACUAAUUGCAAUGGUCUUGGAGCUUUAGUGGCAGAUAGGAUCAGAGAUUGUAGAAAAGCUUUGAGUAGAUGGAAACACUCUUCAGAUUUGAACUCUAAGCUCAGAAUAUCAAGAAUCCAAGAAGAGUUUGAUGCAGCUAUGUCUAGCAGAAACCCUAAGCCUGCUGUUCUAAGUUCCCUGAAAUUCCAGUUGAUAAAAGCCUACUCUGAUGAAUCGAGCUUCUGGAAACAGAAGAGCAGAGAUCAAUGGAAUGCCUUUGGAGACAGAAAUUCUAAGUUCUUCCAUGCUUCAAUUAAAACAGAUAGAAACAAGAACUAUAUUGAGAAACUCCAGGAUGCCAGUGGGAACAUGGUUAGAGGAGAAGCUUCAAAGGGUGAAGUAGCAACAAAAUACUUCUCUAAACUCUUCAAGUCCUCGAAACCUUCAGACCUUGAUUCCUUAUUCAGUGGGAUGGCUCCUAGAGUGACUGAUAGAAUGAAUGGCCUUCUGACUUCUGUGGUAACCAAAGAUGAAAUUAAGAGGGCAGCCUUUGCUAUUAAGCCGAGCAGUGCUCCUGGCGCUGACGGUAUGACUGGAUUGUUUUUUCAGCGAUAUUGGGAUAUUGUGGGUCCUAGAGUCGUGAUGGAAAUUCAAGGUUUUUUCAAUUCAGGGUCUUUCCCUAAACAAUGGAACUUCACGCAAAUCUGUCUGAUCCCAAAGAAGCUUCAUUCUCCCUUGAUCUCUGAUCUCCGUCCUAUAAGCUUGUGUUCGGUGCUGUAUAAAAUAGUCUCCAAGAUUCUGGUUUCGAGGCUUCAGCCUUUUCUAUCUGAUCUAGUGGCACCGAACCAGUCAGCAUUUGUGGAAGACAGGUUGAUAUUUGACAACAUUUUGAUCGCUCAUGAAGCUGUUCACGCCCUGAGGACUCAUCCGGUGGUAUCUAAUGAGUUCCUAGCUGUUAAGACUGAUAUGUCAAAAGCAUACGACAGAGUUGAAUGGGGAUAUGUUGAAGCUCUCUUGAAAGCUAUGGGGUUUGAUAUCAAAUGGAUUGAAUUGGUAAUGUUCUGCAUCUCUUCGGUAAACUAUUCUGUUCUUAUCAAUGGACAGCCUUAUGGAUUGGUGACACCAGAGAGAGGUCUUAGGCAGGGAGAUCAUCUCUCUCCCUUCCUGUUUGUCCUUUGUACUGAAGGCCUAACCCACCUGAUGAACAAAGCCGAAGAGAGAAGUCUGAUUGACGGGAUCAGUUUCUCAUUGGACGGUCCGACAAUUCAUCAUCUCCUGUUUGCUGAUGAUAGUUUAUUCCUUCUUAAAGCUUCGGAAUCCCAAUGUCAGCAACUGCAGUCGAUCUUGCAUUACUAUGGGAGUUUAACAGGGCAAGUGAUAAAUCUUUCAAAGUCAUCCAUUACUUUUGGCGAGAAGGUGAAUGAGGCUUUAAAACAGAGAUUAAGGGUUCUGCUAGGUAUCUUUAAUGAAGGAGGGGCUAGCUCUUAUUUGGGGUUACCUGAGUGCUUCUCUGGCUCAAAGAUUGAGAUGUUGAACUUUAUCAAAGACAAAACCAAGAAGAACUUAUCAAAUUGGUACUCGAGGACACUUUCACAAGGUGGAAAAGAAGUGAUGAUCUGGUCAGUAGCCAUGGCGUCUCCUAUCUUUUCUAUGAGCUGCUUCAAGUUUCCAAAAACCACUUGUGACAAUUUAUCCUCUGCCUUGGCGACCUUUUGGUGGAGCUCAGUGGAAGACAAAAAGAAAAUUCAUUGGGUGAGUUGGGAGAAAUUAUGUCUUCCUAAGCAUCUUGGUGGGAUGGGUUUCAAAAAUUUGCAACUCUUCACCCAUGCUCUUUUGGCAAAACAAGCCUGGCGGAUUUUAAACGACCCUGAUUCUCUUUAUGCGAGAUUUAUAAAGAGCAGAUAUUUUCAGGAUGGAAAUCUUGGUAAAGCGACACUAGGUGCCAGACCCUCUUACGGUUGGAGAAGCCUAUUGUUCGGAAAAGAGCUUCUGGAUCAAGGACUCAAAUGGAUGAUAGGCAAUGGUGAAGAUAUUCUUGUAUGGGCCACUCCAUGGAUUGAAGAUGGUGAUAGAAUGAGAAUUCCUUUGAUGAAAAACAUUUUCGUUGAUUUGGAUUUGAAGGUAGCAGCUCUGAUUGAUCAACACUCUAAGAGUUGGAACAUGAGUUUGCUGAGAGAUCUGGACUUUAAAGUCUGGAAGUAUAAUGCGUGUGGAGCGUACACGGCCAAAUCAGGGUAUUGGCUAGCCUCUAAACUGUCUAAUUUUGAGGUUAGGAGACAGGCUGAAGCUCUACCGUCCAUUAACCCGCUUAAGGAGCUCAUUUGGGAUCUUUCUAUUCCAUCAAAGCUCAGAAUCUUUCUUUGGAAAAUUGUGUCUAACGCUUUGCCGGUGGCUGAUGGAAUAGCUUCUCGGGGGAUGCAGGUUGAUAAUAGAUGCCAAUUCUGUGGAAUGGAUGGUGAAACUGAAAAUCAUCUGUUGUUUACUUGUCCCCAUGCUAGACUUGUUUGGGCAGUUUCUGGUGUUCCUUUGCCUCAUGAGGGGUUUAGUACUUCCAUUUUUCAGAACAUCAAUUUUCUUCUCGCUGGCCAGAAGAAUUUCAAAAUUCCUGCAUAUCUAAGGAAUGUGUUUCCGUGGCUGUUGUGGAGAAUUUCGAAAAAUAGAAACAGCCUUAUCUUUGAAGGGUUAGAGUUUGAGGCUUUAGGAGUAGUAAGAAAAGCGUUUAAUGACAUGAAUGAUUGGUCCCAAGCUCAAGCUGUGGAGAAUGCUGCUGAGACGAACCCAUCUGUUAGCCUUUCAGAUAAUCUUGUCGAAUGGUCGCCGCCUCCUGAUCAAUGGAAAAAAUGUGAUAUAGGUGUUGAAUGGGACAAAAGGAACCAAAGAUGUGGAGCAGCGUGGCUGGUGAGAGACCGUAAAGGAGUUGUAUUACUUCACAGUAGAUGUUCUUUCACUAAUAUCCCAUCAUUGAGAGAGGCUCAAGUUCAAGUUUGGGUAUGGGCUAUUGAAAGCAUGAGGAGUCUUGGUUUCUCGAAGAUAGUGUUUGUAGGAGAUUCAAAAGAGUUAGUUGGAGCUGUUAUCAGACCGCCUGCUUGGCCAUCGUUUAGGUGGAUGUCGAACAGAAUCCUAUCUUCUCUCCAGUAUAUUUCUGAGUGA